AAUAUUUUUUAGCCGCAUCUAACGUUAAGAUUCCUUAUAAAGGUCGCAUGCAAUAUUGUUACGUAGACGGUGCAUCGACAAUUAUUGACAUACCUUGAGUAUACGAAUAAAAGACUAUUUUCCAACAUGCUCGUGGAGAAAUCUUUGUGUUUGUUGGUCCUGUGUCUGUGCCUCUGUGAAUCACGAAUCUCGAAACACAUAAAUAACGGCCGGAUUGAUGAUACCGAGAGCAGAUACGUUAAUGAGGAUAAUGAACGAGAUUUUCAGGAUUCGAGCGACAGCAGAGAGGCUGCCAAUCAUUUAGGCGACACGGAGGCCGCUAAUGCGAAUUUUCCGGAUUUUCCGACUUACGAACAGGUCCCGAAGACUGGAUUUUCCUGCCGUGCAAAAUUAAGCUGGCGAUACUACGCUGACCCGGAAACCGGAUGCCAAGCCUUUCACAUCUGCGAAACCGAAUAUUCCAAGAUAUCGUUUCUGUGUCCGACGGGGAGCGUUUUUAAUCAGCGACAUCUGGUGUGCGAUUGGUGGUAUAACGUCGACUGCAACGAGGCUGAAAGCUUCUACACAUUAAGUAAUGACUUUAAUGAGUCGAAGUUGGGAGAUCAAGAGGAUCAAGAAAGCGAAUUUGAUUUAAGUUCCGCCUCUUCCGGAGGGAAUAACGAAGCGGCUGACUCGAAAUCGAAAGAAAAUCGAAACCGAAAGAAAGUCUAAAAGCUUCUUAGUAUAAUACAUACGUAAUUAAUUAGGUAUAUUUAUAUUGAGAUUUAAUUUAAAAUAUGUACUACCUAGUAAUAAAUAAAUAUAAUUAGAUUUUGAUUUUCUAAAAAAAAUAAUGAAAUAAUUUGACCUUUUUUUAAUUAUACAGGGUGUUAUAUAAUUAAUGUUAUAUAUUAAAAUACUGAAUACCUUU